AUGUUUGCUCCUUCCUAUACCAUACCAUAUUUAUGCCAAUUGCUGGGACUGGGCUUUGAGUUGUCAUCAAUCAACUACCAACAAAAAUAUAACCGUCUACACAGAUCUGUGUAUGGCCUUUCGGAUGAUUUAUAUAUGCUAGAAAUGAUAAUUUCACUACUUUUGAUUUAUUGCUUUUUAAAUUAUAGUUUUUCAAAAUUAGUUUCAGAGCAAUUCUGUAAGAGGUUUCCUCUUUUUUAUCCAUUAAGCCAACUGGAUGGUAAUGGUAACCAGACUCUUAUUCCAAAUAAGUUUUUCAGUACCAAUGGUGUUUUGCCAUUGUAUUAUGGUUUAGUUUUAUUUGAAAUAGCUAAGUUUAUACUGUCUUUGAAAGUUCUAAUUCAAUUGUACAAUUAUAGAUUCACCAAACAUGUCCAUCAAGGUGUGUCUAAAAUUUGUUUUUCAUCAAUAUUGUUUAUUCUAAUAUUUUCUAUAUUUACAUAUUGCUGUUCUAUUAAAAAUUUGUCAAACAAUAAUAAUAUGGGGAAGUUUGGUAUUUUUUAUAUUGAACAUGUAAAUUAUUUAUGGGUAUUUGCAAAUAUUUUGUCAACUUUUAAAUUUUUACCACAACUAGUAAUAAAUUGGGAAGGUAUGUGUACUCAAGGCCUAUCAUCAAAAUAUGUUGUUUUGCAAUUCUUUUCAAAUUUAUUUUCAUUAUUUUCUGCCUUUUCUCUAAACAAAAGUUUACCAUUUUAUGCCCUUCCAUUUAAUCAAAAACCUAUGAUAACUUCAUUUGUAAAUCUAUUCUGCGUUGUGGGGCUACUCUACCAAGCACAAUAUUUAUAUUUGAACAAAUCACCUUAUUUAAAGAGAAGACGUAACUUUACCAGCAAUAGGAUAAUCGUUCAUGAAAUACCCACAAAUGUUGAUGAAUUUGAUACAUUUGAUACAACACGCUAA